UGUGCAGCAGGGGAUUAUGCUUUAAUCAGAGGCUGUAUGGGAAUUGCUUUUGUAUAGAUUACGGGCAUGGGGCACAUCCCCAGCAGUGGGGAGCCCCCAGCCCUGCAGGCUCCCAAGCAAUCUUGAGUCUUGGUGGAGCAGGGAUUAGUGGGGGCACGAGGCCACCGCGCGGGUGGGUGUGCACCCGCCACCGCCUCAUCUGCCGCCAGUCCUUUGACCCUCAAUUGGGUUUUUUCAGCUAAUCCUCUUGUGUCUCCUAUGUGCUGACUUCCUGCACCCCUGAUUCCCCUGCAUGUGUGGUUCUAGGUUCCCACAGCAUGGGGCUCUCACCAGGGCUUGCACUGGCCCCAUGGGUGCUGCCCCAGUUUGGGACCCAGGUAAUGGGGAUAUUUCAGUCUGAUGCAGUGUGAGCUGCAAUGACUCCUUCUACCUCCCCAUCACUCUGAUGUGGCAGCAUCUGCUGUCCCCCUGUACUGUUGCUGUCCCCUGCAAGCACCUUUGGGUGCAGUGAAAUGAAGGUCUUUCCACCCUGGCUGUGGCUUCCCCUCCUAAUGCCUUAAUCCGCCACUGAUCCACGGUGCCCCUGGGGCUGGUUAAACUGACCUUGCAGGCACUGGGACCUGGUGGGCACCCUGGGGCAAGAGCUGCUGCCACCAACCACUAUGGCCUCCUUCUUCACGGCCACCCUGAAGAGCUUCCAGGGGGGCAAGGACGAGUCACCCAAGGGGGCCCCCAAGGAUGACAAGGCAGCGGCACUGCCCAACGGCAUGACCCGCGAGGAGUUUGAGGAGUACCAGCGGCAGCUGCUGGAGGGGAAGAUCGAGCGGGACAAGAUGUUUGCACAGAGGAAGGCAGAACGGGCCACGGUGCGGAUGCACCUGCGGGACAAGUACCACCUGGCCCAGGACGAGCGGGACGACGCCCAGGUGCACGUGGCCGGAGGUGCGGUGGAGCUGCCGCAGGACCUGGCAGCCAUGGUGCACAGCGAGAAGGAGGAGCAGGAGGAGGAGGAUGGCAGCGCCGGGGCCUUCGCCUUCCUGGCGAAGCUGCGGGAGGUGGAGCUGCCGGCGCUGCGGGACCGCGCGCUGGGCGGCGUGGACCAGGUGAAGGAGAAGUGCGCUCUGAUGUAGCACCGCUGGCCGCCCCGCGGCAGGUGACACCGGCAGCCCCUGUCCCCGGGAGCCACGGGAUGCAGAGGCUCUGUGUGCCUUUACCUGGGGUGCGGGUCCGAAUACACGUUAGGCGUGGGUCUUCUUCCCCCAAACCAUUCCCAGCUGCUUUCCCAGGGUGUGCAGGGGUGCAGAAUGCCUAGGUCCCCUCCAGCCGUUAUGGUCAGGUCCCUCUCGUGGUGCUCAUGGUGUGAGCCCCCAUACGGGGCAGGUCCCUGACACUGUUA